UAAUUUUCUAUUGCCCCAAUCCAAAAUGGUCAAAAAUUGCUAGUCACCCAUUUACCCUCUGUCUCUCUUUCAAUCUCUCUGGCUCUCAAAACCCCCCAAAUGUAAAAGGCUUCAAAAAGCUGCAGAGAGAAGUAGAAGACCCAAUUAAAAUAUUGAGGGGGUUUUCUGGCUGGUUGUGGAGGAGAUGUCUGGUGUCAAUGCAAACUCUCUGCUGAGCCCCAAGCCUAGAAUCAGCAGCAAAUGGGCAACUGGGUCCAAACUCUGCUCCAGAUUGAGCUUCUCUUCUGGUGGGGUUUCAGCUUCCUCUGCGGCUGUGGCGAACCCUUCGUCAAGAUCCUCUGAAGAAAGGGUCUAUGAAGUGGUGCUGAAGCAAGCGGCUCUAGUGAGAGAGCCCAAGAGAGAGAGGGAGAGAGAGAAAGCUUUGGAUUGGGAAAAACCCGUCCAAAAUGAGGGCGUCCCAGAUGGGAAUCUGUUGGCUGAGGCCUAUGCUCGCUGUGGUGAGGUCUGUGCUGAGUACGCCAAAACAUUUUACUUGGGGACACAGCUUAUGACACCGGAGCGACAAAGAGCAGUGUGGGCAAUUUACGUGUGGUGCCGAAGGACUGAUGAGCUUGUGGACGGACCAAAUGCUUCGCACAUCACCCCCAAGGCUCUCGAGAGAUGGGAAAAGAGACUAACGGAUCUUUUCGAGGGUCGACCGUAUGAUAUGUAUGAUGCUGCUCUUUCUGAUACUGUCUCAAAAUAUCCUGUCGACAUUCAGCCCUUCAAGGACAUGAUCGAAGGAAUGAGGUUGGACUUGCGAAAAUCAAGAUACGAGAACUUCGAUGAGCUUUACCUCUAUUGCUACUAUGUUGCUGGGACUGUAGGGCUCAUGAGUGUUCCUGUCAUGGGAUUAGCACCCGAGUCGAAAGCUUCAGUAGAGAGCGUCUACAAUGCAGCAUUGGCUCUCGGACUUGCCAAUCAACUCACUAACAUUCUCAGAGACGUAGGAGAAGAUGCUAGGAGGGGAAGAGUGUACCUCCCACAAGACGAGUUGGCACAGGCGGGGCUGUGCGACGACGACAUAUUCCGAGGGAAAGUGACCGAGAAGUGGCGGAGUUUCAUGAAAGGACAGAUAAAAAGAGCAAGGAGGUUGUUUGAUGAGGCUGAGGAGGGGAUUGGAGAGCUGAAUGCAGCCAGUAGAUGGCCAGUGUGGGCAUCUCUAAUGCUUUAUAAGCAAAUAUUGGAUUCAAUUGAAGCAAAUGACUAUGACAACUUCACCAAAAGGGCUUAUGUAGGCAAAGCAAAGAAACUACUAUCACUUCCCAUAGCCUUUGGAAGAGCUGUGGUGGGGCCCUCAACAAGAUAGAUUUUUUCUUUUUAAUUUCUUUUUUCUUUUCUGUGAUUAUUCAAUGUGUUUAGCUAAUUGUAAAUUUUAGAUGUUAGAUGUGGUUUGAAGCAAAUUGACUUCACAAAAGAAAAGCCUUGAAUUGGUACAAAUUAUGGAAUGAAAAAUUCUUAAAUUUGUAUGGUCAA